UGCUGCCAUCAUUGACAUGAUUCAAACCAAUAUUUUUGAAGACAUAGGAUGUGGUCCCCUGUGUAGAGUGAACCCACUGACGGACCGGGGCAAGAGGUUCCAGUUGAUGAAGAUCCUCUGUCUCACCGUCAUCCCUAUCCUAGGAGUAUGGGGCUUCACCAUGUACUCCCUCUCAGACAGCGUCAGGAGCAAGUCGGAAAUAGAAAUGGCAAAACAGUCUAUGACGAUCGUGGUCAUGUUGGGUCGGCUGAUCCACCGGCUGCAGCGAGAGCGGGAUAUGAGCGUUCUCUACCUGAGCGACCUGGGGCCUGGAACCAAAUCCUUCCUCCUAGCAGAGUACAUCGCAACGGACGAGGCCAUGCAGGAACUGUCCAUAUGGCCAGGCGAGUUGAAGGACAACCCCCGUGAGGAGUUCCGGUCGAAGGCGAAUCUGAUGUCGUACAUUUCCCAGCACCGGAACUCCCUAAACCCGCUCACUGUCGACCUCUAUGUGGAGAUCAACUUCUACAGCUCAAUCACAAGUUCUCACUUUCACUCUAUAGUACUUGGUAUUACCUCUCAAUUACAAACAUCACUAUGUCCAUUGUUCAGAGAGUUCCUUGAAUGGCUAGUGGAGAACAUCAAAGGUUCCGGGUUUGGCUCCACGUGGAAAACUCUGGUUGCCUAUCAGAAGGUCACCAGGUGCAAGGAGGACAUCGGUGUCGAGCGGGCAUACGGUGCCAUGUUCUAUGCAUACGGAGGUUUUCCUAGCUGGAGCGACUUUGAGUUUUACAACGAGCAGAUACACGACUUCAAGUACAAUUACAAGACCGCUGUGUUCUACUCGGACAUCGUGGUGCCCCUUCACACAGAGGAGGUCAAAUCGCAGAACGAGUUCGGCCUCAACAUCACUGUCAUUCUUAACUACUACAGGAAAGAGAUACAGUACCACGUGCCUGGUCAGAACUACACGUCGAACGAGAAGGCUAAGUAUUUCUUCGACAAUAUGACAGAGUACCUGGACUCCCUCCUGCUUAUACAAGAGGAGGUGGCACAUAGGAUCUCUGAGGAAGUGGACGUGGUCCUCGCCCAAGUUGUAGUGUACGCGGUGCUGGUUGUGGUGGUGAUCGGGAUGUGCCCGAUCAUCAUGUUCUCCUCCGAGGCACUCGCCAGUGACAUACAGAGAUACACACAGACACUCGUCCACAAGACCACGGAACUCAAUAUCGAGAAACACAAGGCUGACACUCUCCUCUUCCAGAUGGUACCCAAAUCAAUAGCAAAGAAACUACGCAGCCAGGGCACAUAUUCAAACUCUGACUUCUUCAAAUGCGCGACGAUCAUGUUCGCGGACAUCUUCGGGUUCAACCAGAUCAGCAUGGAGCUGGCCCCGGGUGAGGUGAUUGACCUCAUCAACACGUUCUAUGGUGUGCUGGACGAGAGGAUAGCCAACUACAACGUGUACAAAGUGGAAGCAAUCAACGACUCCUAUAUGGUCGCAUCCGGUAUACCUAACAAAGACGAUAACCACGUGGCUGAGAUAUGCACGCUAGCCCUGGAUUUACUGCACGUGAUGAACCAGACAAGUUUCAGCUUCAACACAUCACGCUCCAUUCACAUCCGUAUUGGCAUUCACACAGGUCCAUGUCGAGCUGGUGUUAUAGGAACUGUCAUGCUCAAAUACUGUCUGUUCGGGGAGGCAGUGUUUGUAGCCAGUCGUAUGAAGCUCAAAGGCCUUCCCAACAAGGUGCAUAUCAGCGAUAAGACAGUUGCAUUUCUUAUGAAGAGCGGUCGAUUCAAAACGAAAUGUCGAGGUUCAGUCGACCUUUCAAGCCAAUUGCGGAUGACGACGCACUGGCUGUUGGACAGGCACGAGUUUGACACGGGAAACCUGGGCGACUCAGGGAGAAAGAAGCGCGAGUCUUUCGAGGAGAACAUGGACAAGUACAAAGACGUGAAGAGAAAUUCAUACCAAAGCGUAACCUCAAACGAGAGCGUAGCCAUCGAGAAGGCGGUGCCGCCGUCUCUGCUGCAGAUGCCUAUAAAUGAGUGGAAAGAGGAGGAGAUCUUCGACAAGUAUUGAACGCACUCCGUCCAUCCAUCUGUCCGUUCGGCCGCUAGGAUAGAAAACGCUUACGCGAAUGUCUAAAUGUAAAUUAGUCUCAAAUACUUCGAUAGUUUAAUUCAAUACACAAGAAUAUGCUGAACAGACAUGUGCAAAGGUUCCAAGAACGAAAUGUGUUGCCAUGAUUCUUGACGACAUCGUGGGUUAUUGGAAUCAUCAUGACCAUUAGUAUCGCCCUUAAUGUACAUCUUUACUCAUUGUUAUCAUUUUUAGCAAUAGUGUUUCAAAACUUGAAAAGCAGCUUACAAUUUAUAAUUGUUAGCAGAAACAUGUCUUUCAUCUUGUUUUUCACGAUGAACGUUAUAAACUGUACGAAUAAACUCGUACUGAAAGUUGAAAAGUUACACUUUACUUUUAAAGUCGUGUCGAAGAAUUUCACACAAUCAUGUAUAUGCAAUAAUUCAAAGUUAUGAUAUAUGUGCGCUUGGCGAGGUCGUUCUAUUACCAAAUGUUUUAAUUUGGCAUGGUACUGAAUGUAUUUGUAAAAGUUUUAUAUUGUGUUUCUUAUUGGUCAAUUGGCAGAAUGCUUGUAUACGGGCAACGA